AUACAUUAUAUGACUCUUCACCCACUAACUUCCUUUAUCUUCAUCGAAGCAAAUUAUUGUUCAUACGGUAGAUCUGCGUUCGAGUUCAAAGCUUUCUUUCUACAGCAAAGAAAAUGGAAGCUCUCCUUUCCCAAUUCACCUUCCUAUCAGAUCAAGCUUUACAGGACAAGAACUUCGAUCCAUCGGCCAUUGAAGACCUAAUGAAGCUCUUCGAGAUCGAGACUUACCAGGCAUGGACGGCCAUGGAGCUGGAACAGGAAGAGCAACUAAAACAAGCCGAGAUAACCAUGCAGGAAGCCGAGGACUACCUCGACUCGGUGAUGGAGACGGCGAUGGACGAGUUCAGGCGGUUCGAGGAGGAAAUGGAACGCGAUUCGAAGGACGAAGCCGACGGCCUAGAAGAUGCGGCGGAGAAGGCUAGGAAGAUGGGGAAUUUGAUGGAGAAAGGAGCGACUAUUGCCUCUAAAUUAUACGUUGAGGCGGCUAUGAACUCUGCUACUGCUUCCAUGAAAUCUGCUUUCAAGGGGCUUUCCACCAACAAGGUCCAUCCUUCAUGAAAAAAAACCUAUUUAUGUUGUUUUCUUCUGUGAUUUACGUGUAUGAUUUAAAAGGGACCUUACGGGGGUUUCUAUGAAUUCUGUUUUGUAAUCCAUGAACUGGGUUUCAAGUUUUUCAUGUGUUGCGUUUA